AUGAAUGCAGAUCAUCACAAGAAUCGUGACGAAAAGAGAUAUAUGACAAACAAAUCCAAGGCACAUAAGGCAUGCAGGCAUUUAAGACAAGCAUGUGCAUACCAUGAUGACAUCAUGCAUGAUAUAUGCAGGUACUCCAGCAGAGCGAGAGGUUUUGAUGAUAUUUAUACUGGAUCAAGGAAAAAGACCCCUGAAGUUCCACCAGAUGAUAUGAUUUGGAAAAAAUUGCUUCUUCCAUUGGAAUUCCCUCUUAUCUCCAGAAUUUGCCUUCUUGGGCUUCUUGGGUUUUCAGGUCAAGUAUGUGCUUAUAAAGGUUUAGAACUUGGGUCCACAACUCUUGCUUCAGCCAUCAGCAAUCUUGCACCAGCUUUCACCUUCAUACUUGCUGUCCUCUUCAGAUAUAUAUACCCAGAAGAGAUUACUGUGAAUGUGUAUUACAACAUGUCAGUGGCCAUUAUAGCUCUAGCAGCAUGCUUAAUAAAAGAACAGAACUUGAGUUCUUGGACAUUACAUCCUAGCAUAUCAGUUGUUUCGGUCCUAUACUCGGGACUUUUCGGGUUCCCAUUCAGCUCCGGUGUUCAUAAAUGGGGCCUACGCGUGAAGGGGCCUGUUUUCGUUGCAAUUUUCCGACCAACUUCCAUUGUCAUUGCAGUUAUUAUGAGUGCCAUUUUCCUUGGUGAAGCAGUGUAUCUUGGAAGUGUCAUUGGAGGGGUGAUCUUAACUAUUGGUCUUUAUUCUGUACUAUGGGGAAAAGCAAAAGAAGAAAUGAAAGAUGAUGGCUCUGGUUUAAGCACCAAAGACCCUUUGCUGAAAUCCCAAAAUGUUGAAGAAAAUUAGAAUAAAUGUUCUCAAAAAGAAAAAGAGUAGCUGGUUAAUGUAGUUCAUGUUGUUUCAAUAGGUUCGGAAGCGUGUAAAUUAUUGUACUAAAAAAUCACACAAAGUUCAAUUCCCAGGG